CCUCCAGCUUCUCUGAGCAUCAGUCCUGACAGAUCUCAGUUUUUUAAAUUUGAGUCUGUCUCUCUGAGCUGUGAGGUUCAGGGGAACUCAACUGGAUGGAGAGUGGUGAGGAACACAUCGAGAGGAAUCAUUUCAGAGUGUAAUACUGACUGGGGAAAACAACAAGGGUCUUCAUGCAACGUGUCACUAAUACCAUCGCACAGUGGAGUGUACUGGUGUGAGUCUGAGUCUGGAGAACACAGCAACGCUGUCAACAUCACAGUACAUGCUGGAGCUGUGAUCCUGGAGAGCCCUGCCCUUCCUGUGACUGAGGGAGAUUCUGUGACUCUGCGCUGCAGAUAUCAGGUAACUCCCUCUAACCUCACAGCUGAUUUCUACAAAGAUGGAUCCCUCAUCAGGACUGAGACUACAGGAGAGAUGACCAUCCCUGCAGUAUCCAAGUCAGAUGAAGGACUCUACAAGUGUACCAACUCUGAAGGAGAAUCACCAGAGAGCUGGAUGACAGUGACAGGUGAGAAUAUGAGAAACCUUGACAUUCAGAUUAUCUGGCUGCUGUGUAGUUUACUGGUGGGGUCUCCCUACCUGCUGGUGACCAUCAUACUGCUGGUGAAAGGCUGCAGGAGCAGAGCUCAAG